AUGAUGAGAACCAUGAGCCUUCUUGCUCUUCCAUUUCUCUUUAUGUUCUUCUCCGCAUCACUAGCAGCGCCGCUGACAUAUAAUGUGCAGAGUUUGGGAGCCAGACCCGAUGGCAGGACGGACUCAACCAAAUCCUUCAUGAAUGCAUGGACCGUCGCUUGCGCCUCAGCAAAUCCGACUAUGAUAUAUGUGCCACGAGGAAGGUACUUGCUUCGCAAUGCAUUCUUUGAUGGGCAAUUGUGCAAGAGCAGUGCCAUCACCAUACGAAUCGAUGGCACUCUUGUGGCUCCUUCGGACUACAAUGUUAAUGGAAAUGCCGGUUACUGGAUUAAGUUCCAAAGAGUGAAUGGACUAUCCAUCUAUGGUGGAACCUUAGAUGGUCAAGGGACUGGUCUAUGGGCUUGCAAAGCCUCUAGCAGGAGUUGCCCCACAGGAGCAACGACUCUGGCAAUUGACAAUUCAAACAACAUCAUUAUCAAUGGCUUAAGUUCUUUGAAUAGCCAAAUAAUCCACAUUGGCAUAGUUGGAUGCCGAAAUGUUAAGUUGCAAGGAGUGAGUGUCUCGGCCUCAGGCAGAAGCCCAAACACAGAUGGCAUUCACGUGCAAUCAUCAUCCGGUGUCACAAUCCUAAAUUCUCAUUUUGCAACUGGUGAUGAUUGUGUCUCAAUAGGCCCGGGUAGCACUAAUUUGUGGGUUGAAAACGUCUCUUGCGGCCCUGGUCACGGCAUAAGCAUUGGGAGUCUUGGUUGGGAUCUGCAAGAAGCUGGUGUCCAGAAUGUAACAGUUAAAUCUAGCACAUUUACUGGUAGCCAAAAUGGUGUAAGAAUAAAGACAUGGGCAAGGUCUAGCAAUGGAUUUGUAAGGGAUGUUCUUUUUCAGCACGCAGUUAUGAUCAAUGUCCAAAAUCCAAUUAUAAUAGACCAAAAUUAUUGCCCCGAUAACAACGAUUGCCCCAAUCAUGUUUCUGGUGUGAAGAUUAGUGAUGUGACAUACCAAGAUAUUCAUGGAACAUCUGCUACACCAAUUGCUGUAAAUUUGGAUUGCAGUAAGGAGUAUCCCUGCAGUGGGAUAAGACUGGAAGAUGUAAGCCUCACAUACAACGAUCAACCAGCUGAAGCAUCAUGCAUUAACGCGGGGGGAUCAGCUUCUGGUUUGGUUGAGCCUUCAAGCUGCCUUUAG